AUGGCCGAACGACGACUCGACCUGUUUGGCGGAGACGCGCCAUGGUCUUCAGAUGCCUGGACGGCUUCGGACGAUCGGGUACGGGGCGGCAAGAGCCGGUCGUAUCUCGACUGUCCCUCAACCUCAAAGGCCGUGUUCCACGGUGAUUUAGAUAUCACCGCGCUUGGGGGCGCUGGUUUUGCCUCGCAGCGCACUGUGAACGGCACGCCAUGGGACCUAGACGCCUACGAUGGGCUCCUCCUCAAGACUGGGAAGGGCGACGGCAAGAAGUACACGUUAACCCUCAAGGACGAAACUCUACCCAAACGCCCCGAUGGUCGGGAGCAAAGCACCGUCAGCUGGGAGUUCGACUUUGCAACCCAUGGAGAAGAGCGAUUCAUCCCAUGGGACGAGUUCAAGCCCACGUAUCGAGGUAAACCAAAGCCCGACGCGAGGCCGCUUGACCUCAAGAACGUUCAACGAGUCAGCAUCAUGAUGCGGAGCUUCUUUGGUGAUCAGCAAGGACCCUUUCGGCUGGAGAUCGAAUCAAUAGCCGCAGCUCUAGAGCCCACCAAACAGCCGCGCGCAAGUCAUCAGACGUCCGGCACCGAUUCCACUGCGGGCUAUCCAGAAAAGAUUGCCGAUUCAGCGCCGAAAUCCACAUGGCUAUCCUGGUUCUGCGGCAUGUUUCGGACCUGA